AUGAAACCAAUGAAGGAUACCAUUAUCAAAGUUGAUGACGGUAGUGUUCCCGGCAGGGACACUAUCAAUAUAUUAUGUUUUGACAUUACUUCAUUAAGUCAUUUAACACAGUUCCUAGUCUGCUGUUUCUUUGUAUUUUUAUGCUAUUUAGCAUAUGGCUGUUUCUUAGAAGAAAUUUUUUCAAAUCCAGAAGUAAAGCCAGUGAGUCUCUACAUAACAUUGAUACAGUUUUUGAUUACCACUGCACUAAGUUAUGUUGAAUCUAUGGUUAGGAUUCCAAUUAAGAGGAAAGUACCAAUAAAAACAUAUGCACUACUAGCAGCUUUAACUUUAGGCACAAUGUCCUUAUCAAAUCUUGCACUUAGUUAUUUAAACUAUCCAACGCAGCUAAUAUUUAAAAGCUGCAAGUUAAUACCAGUGAUGGCGGGCAGUAUUAUUAUACUCGGGAAGAGAUAUGGCUUUUUAGAUUACUUAGCAGCUAUUGUAAUGUGUAUUGGACUGACAAUGUUUACCUUGGCUGAUUCCCAAACUUCUCCCAAUUUUGACUCAUUUGGAGUUGUAGUGAUAUCUCUGGCACUAUUCUGUGAUGCUAUUAUCGGCAAUGUCCAGGAAAAGGCGAUGAAACAGUUCCAAGCUACCAACAAUGAAGUGGUGUUCUUUUCAUAUGCUAUAGCAUGUGGUUAUCUGAUUGUUAUUACAAUGAGUACUGGAAUUAUGAUAGAUGGAUAUUAUUAUUGUUCAAAGAAUUGGAUAAAAAUGUACACCAACAUAUUUUUGUUAAGUGUGAGUGGCUACAUUGGAUUACAAGCUGUCUUGACUUUAGUUCGUAUUUGUGGCGCCACUGUCGCUGUUACAGUCACUACUAUGAGAAAAGUUUUUUCUAUUAUAAUAUCAUUUUUGCUGUUCAGCAAACCUUUUGUUUUUCAAUAUGUGUGGUCGGGUAUGUUGGUAGCAUUGGCGAUCUUCCUUAACCAUUAUAGCAAGAAGAAUCCGAACUAUGUACCUUCAGGUAUAAGUUACUCGUGGUAUUUCCUUAAAAGAUUCUACGCAUCAGAAUAUAGAUAUCUUAGGAUUAAGAGCAAAAUGUACGCUGAUACGGUAUGA